UAACGCAACACUAAAAGUUCAUUUAAUACAGUAUAAUAUUUGUCAAAAAAGAUGACUAAAUAUAAAUUGUUUAUGAAACUUAAUAAUCUAUUUCUGUAUACAUGAAAUCAACAUGAUAAUCUAUUUCUGUAUACAUGCUCCACCCAAGGGUCCAAAUCAAAGUCAGUAAAUGCACCAGACAACUGUCACGACAAAAGGAUUUGAACAUCUGAUCAGGAACCACUUCAUCAAGAGAUUCACAGACAAUUCAUCAAAAUUAUAUGUAUAAUAAUAACGUAGCAGCACACCAAAACAAAUGCAUUCAGAGUCCCAUGGCUUCAAGACAAUCAAAACAGCAUCAUCGCAUGGCAUAUUGGCAGCAAGACCUCACUUCAAUCCUGGACGCAUUUAUCGAGAAGUCUGUCUGUCAUCAGUUUGCCAUCAAAAUCGUUCAACAACAAAGAGGUAUCCAAGCAGAAAAAGGUUAUACACAUAACAUAGACCUCUCUAUGAUAACCAUUUACACAUUUCAUAAUAAAUUUGUAAUAACCACUUUGAGCAAUAAUAAUAAUAAAUUGACACUGAACAUCACAAGAUCGUUCAUUAUUUGA